AUGGAAAAUGACUCUGCGACGCCUACACUGACCAGGGUGCCGAACGGCCAGACAGUUGCGCCUGGACAGAUCGUUGUCGGGAAUCCUGUCAGCCCAACGCUGACGAAGGCUGAGAAGGCAGAAACGGACAACGACGACGAGAGCAUGUCUUGGCAUGUGGCUGGUUUACUACGCAAUACGUUCCUGUUGUUGCAUCUUGGCUAUCUCUUUGUCGGGGCAGUGUUGACGCUAGAAAUUGUUCGAGACGUCGACCUCGGUGACUUGGAGAUUGAAUACACCCUACCAAUUCGAGUCGGUCUUGUAUACCUAUUGAUCGUUGCGGGCGUUGUCCUCGAGUUGCAUCUGGUAAAGAGACUCGUGUUUGGAAAGACCGUCAUUGAGAAGUUCUCUCUUCGAACGUUUCGCGGCGUAACGUUUCAUCACAUGCAAGUCAUUGUUGAGUUGGUGGAGUUGGUAACUAUGCCGUUGAUUGGCGGUCUUUUCCCGUUGACGUUGCAUUACAAGCUACUCGGGGCAAACAUUGGCGACUGUACGUCUGUUUUCAUUGACAUGUUUGGUUUCGUCGACCCGGGAGACGCGGAAAACACAACCAUUGGCAAUUUUGCGGUCGUCGACGAGGCAAGUCAUUGCGUGGCACAUCGGGUCGACCGCGGUACUCUCAACCACGGCACCGUGUAUCUUGGUGCUGGGGCUGUGCUCCAUCCCGGCGCCGUUCUAAUGCUUGGAUCUAUGGGUGCCGGAUCUCAGCUCCUCCCCCUUUCGAAGACGUUACGAGAACAAACCAUUGAAGACCACGAACUUCUCAUUGGUUUGCCUGCUGUACAUGCUCAAAAGUUCACCGGUAGUGGAGACCACAAUGACGCAGCGUUGUUGGCUUAG